AUGAAGCUGAAAAAGCAGGUGACAGUGUGUGGGGCUGCCAUCUUCUGUGUGGCUGUCUUCUCACUCUACCUCAUGCUGGAUCGAGUGCAGCAUGAUCCCACCCGACACCAGAACGGUGGGAACUUCCCCCGGAGUCAAAUUUCUGUGCUGCAGAACCGCAUUGAACAGCUGGAGCAGCUGUUGGAGGAGAAUCAUGAGAUCAUCAGCCACAUCAAGGACUCUGUGCUGGAGCUGACGGCCAACGUGGAGGGCCCACCUGCCCUGCUGCCGUACUAUAUGUCCAAUGGCUCCUGGGUGGUGCCACCAGAGCCCCGACCCAGCUUCUUCUCCAUCUCCCCUCAAGACUGCCAAUUUGCUUUGGGGGUCCGGGGCCAGAAGCCAGAGCUGCAGAUGCUGACUGUAUCAGAGGAGUUACCAUUUGACAACGUGGAUGGCGGCGUGUGGAAGCAAGGCUUUGACAUCUCUUAUAGCCCGCACGACUGGGACACUGAAGACCUGCAGGUGUUUGUGGUCCCUCACUCUCACAAUGACCCAGGCUGGCUCAAGACCUUUGACAAGUACUACACAGAGCAGACCCAGCACAUUCUCAACAACAUGGUGUCCAAGCUGCAAGAGGACCCCCGGCGGCGCUUCAUCUGGGCGGAAGUCUCCUUCUUCGCCAAGUGGUGGGACAACAUCAAUGCCCCAAAGAGAGCAGCAGUCCGAAGGCUGGUGGGAAACGGGCAGCUGGAGAUUGCAACAGGAGGCUGGGUAAUGCCGGAUGAGGCCAACUCCCACUACUUUGCAUUGAUUGACCAGCUCAUUGAGGGACACCAGUGGCUGGAGAAAAACCUCGGUGCAACCCCGCGCUCAGGCUGGGCAGUGGACCCCUUUGGAUACAGCCCCACCAUGCCUUACCUGCUGCGCCGUGCCAACCUGACCAGCAUGCUGAUUCAGAGGGUACAUUAUGCUAUCAAGAAGCACUUUGCUGCCACCCACAGCCUGGAGUUCAUGUGGAGGCAGACCUGGGAUUCGGACUCCAGCACAGACAUCUUCUGCCACAUGAUGCCUUUCUACAGCUAUGACGUCCCCCAUACAUGUGGCCCGGAUCCCAAGAUCUGCUGCCAGUUUGAUUUCAAGCGCUUGCCCGGGGGGCGCAUCAACUGCCCUUGGAAGGUGCCACCCCGGGCUAUCACAGAGACAAAUGUGGCCGAGAGGGCAGGCCUGCUCCUGGACCAGUACAGGAAGAAGUCCCGNCUCUUCCGAAGCAACGUCCUUCUGGUGCCGCUGGGUGAUGACUUCCGAUAUGACAAGCCUCAGGAGUGGGAUGCCCAGUUCUUCAACUACCAGCGGCUCUUCGACUUCCUUAACAGCAAGCCUGAUCUCCACGUGCAGGCCCAGUUUGGCACCCUCUCCGACUAUUUUGAUGCUCUAUACAAGAGGACAGGGGUGGAGCCAGGGGCCCAGCCUCCAGGGUUUCCUGUGCUGAGCGGGGAUUUCUUCUCCUACGCGGACCGGGAGGACCAUUACUGGACAGGCUAUUACACUUCGCGGCCUUUCUACAAGAGCUUGGACCGCGUCCUGGAAGCGCACCUGCGGGGGGCAGAGAUUCUGUACAGCCUGGCUGUGGCUCAUGCCCGGCGCUCUGGAGUGGCCAGCCAGUACCCGCUCUCAAACUUCGCCCUUCUGACAGAAGCUCGGCGCACACUGGGACUCUUCCAGCACCACGACGCUAUCACUGGCACUGCCAAGGAGGCAGUUGUUGUGGACUAUGGGAUCAGGCUUCUGCGCUCCCUUGUCAACCUGAAGCAGGUCAUCAUUAACGCAGCUCACUAUCUGGUGCUGGGGGACAAGAAAAGCUACCACUUUGACCCUGAGUCGCCCUUCCUGCAAAUGGAUGACACCCGCUUAAAUCACGAUGCCCUACCAGAUCGCACAGUGAUCCAGCUGGAUUCCUCACCCAGGUACGUGGUGCUGUUCAACCCACUGGAGCAGGAGCGGCUCAGCGUGGUGUCCCUUCUGGUCAGCUCACCCCGGGUGCGGGUCCUUACAGAGGAGGGUCAGCCCCUGGCUGUGCAGGUCAGCGCGCAUUGGAGCUCUGCCACUGACAUGGUCCCUGACGUCUACCAGGUGUCUGUGCCCGUCCGCCUGCCGGCGCUGGGCCUGGGCGUGCUGCAGCUGCAGCUGGGUCUGGACGGGCCCCGCACCCUGCCCUCCUCCGUGCGUGUCUACCUGCAUGGGCGGCAGCUGUCCGUCAGCAGGCACGAGGCGUUCCCUCUACGCAUCAUUGACUCUGGCACCAGCGACUUCGCCCUCAGCAACCGCUAUAUGCAGGUCUGGUUCUCAGGCCUCACCGGGCUCCUCAAGAGCAUCCGAAGGGUGGACGAGGAGCAGGAGCAGCGGGUGGGCAUGGAGUUCCUCAUCUAUGGCACCCGCUCGUCCAAAGACAAGAGUGGAGCCUACCUCUUCCUGCCUGAUGGCGAGGCCAAGCCCUAUGUCCCCAAGGACCCUCCCGUGCUGCGCAUCACGGAAGGCCCUUUCUUCUCAGAGGUGGUGGCCUACUAUGAGCACGUUCACCAGGUAGUCCGGCUUUAUAACCUGCCAGGGGUGGAGGGGCUGUCUCUGGACGUGUCAUCCCUGGUGGACAUCCGGGACUGCGUCAACAAGGAGCUGGCCCUGCGCCUCCACACAGACAUUGACAGCCAGGGCACCUUCUUCACGGACCUCAAUGGCUUUCAGGUGCAGCCCCGGCGGUAUCGGAAGAAGCUGCCCCUGCAGGCCAACUUCUACCCCAUGCCGGUCAUGGCCUGCCUCCAGGAUGCACAGAGCCGCCUCACGCUGCACGCUGCCCAGGCCCUGGGCGUCUCCAGCCUCCACGAUGGCCAGCUGGAGGUGAUCUUGGACCGGCGACUAAUGCAGGACGACAACCGAGGCCUGGGCCAAGGGCUCAAGGACAACAAGAGAACCUGCAACCGUUUCCGUCUCCUGUUGGAACGGCGAACCCUGGGCAGGGAGGUCCAAGAUGGCCCCUCUACCAGCUACCCGUCCCUCCUCAGUCACCUGACUUCCAUGUACCUGAACACCCCUGUGCUCGCCCUGCCUGUGGCCAAGAGGCAGCCCCCAGGCCCUGCUCUGUGCUCAUUUCAUCCUCUGGCCUCCUCUCUGCCCUGUGACUUCCACCUGCUCAACCUGCGGACGCUCCAGGCAGAGGAUGAUAGCUUGCCCUCAGCCGAAACUGCGCUCCUCUUACACCGCAAGGGUUUUGACUGUGGCCUCGAGGCCAAGAACUUGGGCUUCAACUGCACCACAAGCCAAGGCAAGGUGGCCCUGGGGAGCCUCUUCCGUGGCUUGGAUGUGGUUUUCCUGCAGCCAACCUCCUUGACAUUGCUGUACCCCCUGGCCUCGCCCUCCAACAGCACUGACAUCUAUUUGGAGCCCAUGGAGAUCGCCACCUAUCGCCUCCGCCUGGGCUAGGGCUUCUUGUGGCCUGAAGAGAAAGUUCAUCCACAGAGACGGCCUUUUCACAUAAGAUCGGGUUGGACAUGCCACCCCGGGUCUCCUGUCCUGAUCUACCUCUCAGAACUGUGACAGACUGGACUUUGCCCUCAUUUUCUCUUUAUCGUUGCUUCUGUGUUCGGGGGCAACCCACAGCCCAGCGUUGGGUGGUUAGGGCAGGCGCCAGUGAG